CCACCCCUCAAGGCCGCGGGGUUUGGUUGCACACAGGCUGCAGUUUCAGUUUGUUUUAUUCACCAUUUUGAGUAGCUGAAGGUAAAAAAAUUAAGAAUAUUUGCGUGUGGAGGACAAGUCGCUGCCGUACUUUUGUUUUCACGCGCUAGCUCGGACGGUGGAGUUGUGCGUCAACCUCGCUCCCCUCGGUGUUUUGCAAGAGCGGGAAUCUAUAUUUCUUUUUUUCCCCCUGUGCUUUUUCUUCUCCCCCCUUUCUUACAUCCUUAACCUCUACAGUAUUCCUGCAAAAUGUCAAGACCAGUGAGGAACAGGAAAGUGGUGAACUACUCACAAUUCAACGAGUCUGACGAUGCAGAUGAGGAGUAUGGCGACAGUAAGCCUAAGAAGGUGCGCACAGCCCCUCGUGAGCCCAAGCACAAGCGCUCAAAGAACUCACAGGAUGACAGUGAGGAGUCCGAUGACAAGCUCUCUAAAUCCAAAAAUGAUUCAGCAGAUGACUUUGGCAGCGAUGAUGAAGACAAUGACUUUGGAGAGGAGGAGGAUGAAGAUGGAGGAAGCGAUUAUGAAGAAAAAAAAGGGAAAAAAGCAAAGAAAGCCAAGGUGGAGAAGCCCAGCAAGAGGGGGCCGAAGAGAAAACGGGCUGCAGAUGACAGCGAUGAUGAAAAAGAAGUGAGUCGAAAGCGUACAGUGCGCCAAGCGGCCUCCAAGGCCGUGUCCAAACAGAGGGAGAUCCUGCUGGGCGAUGGAGGCAGCGAGGAUGAGGAGCACGAAGACCAAGAGGAACCCUAUAUGGACCCCGACGAGUCCGGCAGCGAUGAGGACUUCAUGGUGGAGGAUGAUGAUGACAGUGACUAUGGUCACUCCAAGAAGAGAGGCAAGAAGGUGAUUAGACGGGGACGGCCGGAGAAGAAGGAGAAGAAAAGCCCCAAACCCCGACUAAAGGCCACAGUGACCCCCAGCCCAAUGAAAGGAAAGGGGAAGGGGCGCCCCAGCGCCAAGGCCCUGGAGAAGAGCUCACCCAAAGAGGAGGAAGAGGAGGACCCCGAGAGUCCCUUGGAGGAAGAGGAGGAGGAGGCAGAGAAGAAAGAGACCUCCCCCGCCCCCAAGACGACGAAGGAGGCCGCAGGAGGAGACGAGGAGGAGGAAGACGAAGAGGAAGAGGACGGCUCGGAAGAGGAGGCACCCUCUGGAGAAGACUAGAAGAUGGUACCCGCUGAAGCCCAUCCUCCAUGUCUCUCUCUGUCUCUUCUCAACAUUUUUGUUUUCUUUUGUUGCUCUGCGUUUAGAGUUGUUGUUUUUUUUUGUUAUUUUGUUUUUUCUCGUUUCUUUUUUGUUUUUUUCCUCCUGGUGGCCUGGCUCAAUGGUUUGGACUUUGUGUGCUUUUCUAUUUUUUCUUGUUUUGCUUCUCCGCCCCCUCCAGCCAAGACAUUGUGCUCAUGUGAUCAUACGGUGUAUGUGAGGAGUUUUCCAUUUUCAGCACCAGUCACAACAUUCAGCCUUACCCAGCCUCCGGUCUUUAUCAUUCACAUUCUGCAUUUUAGUGUGAAAAUCCAGACAAGCCUUUCCAAGAGCUCAGCGCUAGUGAGCAUCCGUCCUCAGUGUGAACAAACCAGUUCACUUGUGUUUUUCCUCCCCUAGGAUUAUCUGACACACACCUUUUCCCUGUUUAUCUGACUGAUAUCUGCGAUCGCAGGGAGUAUUGUUCAGAGCCUCUCAGUAUCAGUAACUAAAGCGCUGUAUUUACAAAGCGACGUUGAGUCAACACGCGCAGGGCAGACGCCUUCACCCUCUCUUUGGUACUUUGUGCUUUUAAACCAGGAGCAUUUUUUAACAGGGCAGUUAGUUAGGUGGUUGUUUUAAAACCUUUAAAAAUCUUCUUUCAGUUAAAGCAGCGUCUUUUAAUUUUACUUUUAAAGAUCACACCGCUUCUUUCACACUAUAUCAUUGCCCUCAACUCUUACCGUGCAUCUGUGUGGAGGAUUCGUUAAAGCACGUUAUUUUGAGAAGUAUUCCACUCGUAGCUGCUGCUUCGUAGAUCAGUUUAAACUGUUAAAGGCGUAGACGGGCGGAGCGGCGGGUCACCGCUGAGUGUUUGCUACGUGCCGAACUGCCACUAUCGCGCGUUUUUCAAGCCAGCAUGUGUGUGUUUUUAUGUACUUGAUUCAAUUUGUGUGCUUGUGGGGGUACUUCCUGUAAGAGGGUCUGGCUAUAUCCCCUCCCAUCAGCUGCGUAUGUGAAACGGUUUCUGUUGUUGUAUGUUGAGCUUUUUUAACGAUGCACCAUGCUACAUGAAGCAACCCCGCCCCUUUCAAGACCCCCACCUCCCCCCCGCAUGGCUACAGCAUCUUCUCAACAUUCAACCCCUUGUGCCAGGCGCCGCUAAAGUCUUUUUGUUAUUUUUAAAUGAAAUGCAAGAAGAGAUGUUUCUUUUUUUUUUCUUUUGAGAGUUAAAAAAAAAAUGAAUGUCGUUUUUUCUCCUGUUGGUUCAUUGUUCUAAUUCUCUAUUCAGAUUUUUUUUGUAAUGUUUGUUUUUUAAGAAAAGAAAUAAAAUGUAUCUUGAUUUUAAAGAAAAAAAGUUGACCCUAUCCAAUCUGUUCUGCCUGGUUGGACCAGCCAUCCCUCCCUUAUUUACUCCUGUCCUUUCUUUUCUCCCCCUCCCCCACCUCUCCUAGUCCCAUCAGCUUAAUGGUUACUGUUGGUAUCCAUGUCCAUUUGUUUCUUAGAGCUUUUCGUCCAUCCAUUAGUAUUUCACAAGCUGGAUACUUCUUUCAAUUCAGAAUUCUAUAGUACUGAGGCUCAGAAGAUCAGUAGCUACGUUUAUAUCUGGAAUCCAUUUGUCUUUUUAAUGCCUUAAUUUUCAUUGAGUUCGGUUUCAGUAGUGGCUCUGAUAACGUCGUUGGAGGCCUGAGAAUGUAACCUGUCCUCAUCUUUUAGGUCUUUGCUACAAGCGGCAAAUUAGGCCUAGGACAAGUCAACAAUUUGUAUGAUCAGCAGACCAUCCAAAGCCAUAAACGAUCUCAAAACUAGUGACUCGGAGAUCAGGUGCAGCACUUGUGAGAUUAUCCUUUUUUGCGAUAAGUAGUGUUUUGAUGUCAAAGCAAAAAAAAUAAGAAGAAAACAGAUACUAUUGUGAUCUUGGGAACAUAAAUUCAUUAUUAGGCGAUUGUCAGGAGAAAUUCUGAUUGGUCCCAAGGCUGCAAUAGAGAUGAGUCCUGGAUGUGUAACAGGACCCACUCGAACCUAGUCCUCGGUUCAGAAGCACAUUCAAUUGUUUUACAACUGUCCUUAUUAGCAGGUUAGUGUGUUUUUCUACGUUCAGGUCCUGAAUUGGCACCCAAUCCUUAAUGUCAUUUUCAGACGAUUGGAUAUGAAUAUGAAAAUAAAUAGGAAAAAAAAGUUUGUUUAUACCAAUCUAAAGCUCAGAGAGCUCUGUUUGCAGUAGGAUCAGAUACUGUCUGUAGAUCACAGCGAUGAGGGCUUGAACGAGGGUCCUCUCCCAUCAUCCCACAGGGGGGGCACAUGGCAUAAGGCUGUGAAUUUCUCCUCUUUCAUCCAUUCUACGAUUUCUUCUGUUGUACUGUUUUUGAUGUUUUUUUUCUAUCUACCUUCAGUUGUACUGGCAAUGUAAAUGUAAGCCAAGUUGUGAUUCCUACAGGAGACCAAGUGGAGAAGCUUUUGUCAGUAGUGUGGAAAAGGAACGCUGAACUCUUGAAUCUUUUGCAUGUUGUGGAAAAAGUGCGAAGCGAUGAUGAUGAUGCUGGUGAUGGCAAUAUUGUGGUCUUACAAAAAAAGUAUUAACAACGACGAUGUUGAUAAUGUUUUGGUUUCCCAGCUUCUAAUAAAGGCAACCUACUUUUUA